AACUCAAAAAUAAACCCAAUUGAAAAAAUUAGGGUUUCUGAAUUGAACAUCUUCAUCGUCACCAAUUCUCGUUGGUGUUUAUAUUUCAAAUUACUUGACUGUGCAGAAAGAUUUCAACUAGAGAUUCGAAGUGGGUUUAUAGCAAGGGUUUAUUUUAACAAUGCAAUUGGUGGUUUUGUACUCUGGGUGUUUUGGAGUGGAUUAAUAAGGGUUUUGUCUUCUGGGUGUUUUGGAGUGGAUUAAAAGAAUCGCGAAGAGAUUUCUGAAGUGUUUAUUGGAGGAAUUUCAUCGGAUUUCUUGUGCAUAAUUUUAAGGUAAUUCGAAUCUUGAAACAUGGCAUCAAUCUUAACAAUCAACAACGACAUAUUGGAAUCUAUACUGAUGCUUUUACCUUACCGGGAUUUAGUAAAUAUGAGUUUAGUAUGUAGAGAUGUCUUAUCUGUUAUUAAAAACCCUUGCUUUGUUAGUUACUACCGCCGUGAACAUAAUUUUCCAAUUUUAGGGAUAUUGUGGAAUAAAGACGACUUUUUUAGAAGUAAUACAAUGUACAAUUACUUGCCUUUGUAUUGGACAAUCUCAAGUUCUGCCCCUUUUCAAAGACUAGAUUUUGCGAACGGACCAAGUGGUUUAUUUAUCGUCGCAUCGUGCAAUGGCCUCUUCUUGUGCAGAACCUGUGACAAUUGUUAUUUCCUUCCUUCGUAUUACGUAUACAAUCCAUUCACCUCUCGGUAUAAAGUUUUGCCUUCAUCACCAUCGGAGAAGAAGAGAUCCAGUACCUUACGCAGCGUUAGUCUGGCAUUUGAGCCUGCAAAUUCACCAUAUUAUAAGGUCGUAUUCGUUUGGUACAAUAAAACAUCAUCUCGUAGAUUUUCUGUUGAAAUAUUCUAUUCCGAGAAUUCUUCUUGGGUAUGUUGCGGAGAUGGUUGUAUCUUCCCCUUUCACUAUAUGAAGUCUGGUGUUUUUUGGAAAGGAAUAUUGAAUUGGAUAGGUGAUGGAGGAAGUCUUCUUUGUUUCGAUAUGGAUAAACAAGUCACAAGGGAAAUUGGAAGGAACCAAAACAGCUUGACCCAGUGGCGUAGAGAGAAGAAGGUCAAUUGUUUUGGGGUUUUUGGGGGUGUUUUGAGAUUCAUUGAGAUCUACAAGAAUCGAAACGCAUUUGACAUUUAUGAUAUGCAGAGUAAUUACUCGAGUUUCAUUCUGAAAAGUCAUUGUGAGCUGGAGGUGAUGGAUCCGUCUGACCCAAGGCUUCCUAAUGGAAGUAUCAGUGUCCUGUAUAUGGACGAUUCUAUUGGAAUAAUUAUCUUAGGAGAAAAGAUCUUCAUAAUUGAUUUCAGGGAACAAAAGUGUGAGCAGUGGUGCGACACCCACCAAGAGCACAACCAUAGUUCGGAUUCCUUCAGUGUCUUUCAAUAUAUUGAAUCGUCCGCGGAAGUAUGUCCAUGAUACAGGAGCUGUUAGGAGGAACAUUUGAAAUAACCAAACCGCUAGAACGACACAUGAGUUGAAGAAUAAAGCCUUUGCCUCUUCUAUCUUUCAUUCGUCCUUACAAAAUUAACAAACAGCUGAAGACCUUUGUUUGCUUUCUUUAUUAUCAGUUUGCUUUAUUAUCAAUUAGAUUAGAUUAGCCUAUUAUUAGCAGAUUUUGGUCAACUAUUGAAAGUGUCAGAUUUCAUAAAGCUUUUUAUACUGUU